AUGGCAGUCACAUCCGACCAGGUGAUUGUUGACUCCGGCGCCACCACCGCUCUCCUCAAAAUCGGAAUUAACCACCAAGCCAAGCCUGCAAACCAGCCUUACGCUGGCAUCCCUGGCAAAAAGCGGAGCGUCGUGCCGAGACAAGAGGUGAAAAACGGCGACGCUGACAUAUGGGAGUCGUUCGACGAUCCGGUUCUCAAAUGCGAAGGCGUUGAGAAUGACCAGCGCUGGGUCGAGCGCAACUAA